CAGUCGAAGUCAGAGCUACCGGAAUUCCUUAUGCAUUUGCUCCGUGCAUCGCGGUUUGCAGAGAUCCAAGGUGGGGUCGGUGUUAUGAAAGUUACAGCGAGGACCCUAAGAUAGUUGAAGAGAUGACUGACAUUAUACUUGGGUUACAAGGUGAAAUUUCAAAUGGUUCGGAGAAGGGUGUCCCUUAUGUUGCUGGAAAGAACAAGGUAGCAGCAUGUGCAAAGCACUUUGUUGGUGACGGAGGAACAACCAAGGGAAUAGACGAAAACAAUACCCUGAUUGACAUGCAAGGAUUGCUCAGGAUUCACAUGCCUGCCUAUUAUGACUCAAUUGAUAAGGGUGUUGCAACAGUCAUGAUUUCUUACUCCAGCUGGAAUGGUAAAAAGAUGCACGCAAACCAUGAAUUGAUUACUGGAUUUCUAAAGGGUAAACUUCAGUUCAAGGGCUUUGUUAUAUCAGAUUGGCAAGGCAUUGACAGGAUCACCUCUCCACCACAUUCAAACUACACAUACUCUGUUCUAGAAAGUGUUCUAGCUGGCAUCGACAUGAUUAUGAUCCCAUACAAUUUUACUGAGUUCAUACAUGAGCUCACUUGCCUGGUCAAGAAAAACUUUAUUCCAAUGGAGCGUAUUGAUGAUGCCGUUGGGAGAAUUUUGCUGGUCAAGUUCACCUUGGGACUCUUUGAGAACCCCCUUGCUGAUCUUAGUCUGGUCAAUGAGGUUGGAAGCCAGGCACACAGAAAUUUGGCAAGGGAAGCCGUUAGGAAAUCACUCGUUCUGCUGAAGAAUGGGAAAAAUGCAAACGAUUCAGUACUACCCUUGUCUAAGAAACUGAGCAAAAUUCUAGUUGCUGGUAGCCAUGCUGACAAUUUGGGUUAUCAAUGUGGUGGAUGGACUAUAGCUUGGCAGGGAUUCAGCGGCAAUAACUACACAAGUGGAACAACAAUUCUUAGUGCAAUUAAUUCUACAGUUGAAAAAAACACAGAAGUUGUCUAUUCUGAGAACCCUGACAGCGAAUACGUCAAAUCCCAAAACUUCAAUCAUGCUGUCGUCAUCGUUGGGGAGCACCCCUACACAGAGACUAAAGGAGACAGCAAAACUCUCAAAAUGAUUGAUCCUGGACCUGAUGUUAUCAGAAAUGUCUGCGGGGCCGUCAAAUGUGUUGUUAUCAUUAUAUCCGGUCGACCAAUUGUAAUUGAACCGUAUAUUACUGAAAUUGAUGCACUUGUGGCAGCCUGGUUACCUGGUAGCGAAGGUCAACGUGUGACUGAUGUUCUCUUUGGCGACUAUGGUUUUACUGGAAAACUUCCUAGGACUUGGUUUAAAACUGUAGAUCAGCUCCCAAUGAACAUAGGGGAUUCACACUAUGAUCCACUUUUCCCCUUUGGAUUUGGUCUCACAACUAAAGCAACAGUGUCCAGGUAA